CACCUAGAGCCGACGACGACUGUCCCAGCUCCAAGAUCAGUUCUCCGCUGGCUUUCGUAGCGCUCGGUUGAUCUAAAAAUAAACUUUGGGGCUGAAAGGGAGCAAAAUCCACUGGUGACCCACAUUGAGAGCUGCCACUAUGUCGACCGUACAAACCGUUCUGGGUGCCAUUACCCCCAACCUUCUGGGUCGUACUCUGACCCACGAGCAUGUGGCCCUCGACUUUGAGCAUUUCUAUCGCCCACCGCCUGCGGAUUUUGAGAGCGAGCUCAAGGCCAAGAUCAGCAUGUCUACCUUGGGCUAUGUCCGCCUCUAUCCGUAUUCCAGCAAGGAGAAUAUCAGGUUCUAUGAUGGCGAUGCCCUGGAGGCUGCCAAGAAGGAUGUUUUGCUCUACAAGAAACAUGGCGGUGGCAGCAUUGUGGAGAACAGCAGCUAUGGUUUGAAGCGUAAUCUGGAGUUCAUUGUGGAGCUGGCCAAGAGCACGGGUGUGCACUUUAUAGCGGGCACAGGGCACUACAUCCAUGCCAUGCAGGAAGCCAGCCAUGCUAGCAUGAGCGUUGAGCAACUGAGUGAUUUGUACUCAAAGGAUAUUAUAACUGGCUUGGAGGUCAAUGGAAAGAUGGUCAAGUGUGGAUUUAUAGGCGAGGUGGCCAGCGUUUAUCCCAUUCAUGAUUUCGAAAAACAUUGCAUCAAGGCUGCUGGCGAGAUCCAGGAGGUCCUGGGCUGUGGUGUAUCCAUGCAUCCGCAUCGGGUGACCCAGGCACCCUUUGAGAUCAUGCGUCUCUACUUGGAGGCGGGUGGAAGGGCUGACAAGUGUGUCAUGUCCCAUUUGGAUCGCACCAUCUUCGAUGUGGAUGAACUCCUAGAGUUUGCCAAGCUGGGCUGCUAUAUUCAGUACGAUCUCUUUGGCACCGAAUGCUCCUUUUAUCAGCUGAACACCAAUGUGGACAUGAUCUCCGAUGGCCAACGAAUCGACAAUCUGAUAAAGCUCAUAAACGAGGGCCUGGUGGACAAGCUGCUCAUGUCCCACGACAUCCAUACAAAACAUCGAUUGACUUCCUAUGGCGGUCAUGGCUACCAUCACAUCCACACCAACAUCCUGCCCCGCAUGUUUGCUCGUGGUGUAACUGUGGAGCAAGUGGAGCAGAUGACGGUCACCAAUCCGGCCAACUGGCUGGCCUUUAACCCCUAAUUGCCUCGUACUGUUGUUGUUUUGGUGGCAUCUCGUAUCAUUUUAUUUGUGGCGCGUAUUAGAUAAGCCUUGUUAUUUUGGCAAUAAUAAUAUGGGCGUGCCUACGAAUUCAAACCUUA